UCCCACAAUCCACCGGGGUAAACUGAAGGCGCCUUUUGCAGGCAAUACAUGUCAACAAGGAGGAGUGAAGAGACUCGGCUUCACUAAAAACAUCUCAUGUGUCAAUAGAUAGCACGCUGUCUAUCGUGGGGCAGUUUAUUUGUCUCUUUUCUUCUGUUUAACGUCCGGGAACGGUUGUUGACGCCGACAUGGCUCCGUUCAGCCUAAUGACAGCAGGUGUUAGCUGGCUGGCUAAGUCCUUCAGUGUUCUCUCCUGCACAAGCAGCCUGGCAAGGUGUACCAGUGUCCUCCCAGCUACAUACAUCAACCCAGUGAGGUGUCUGUGCGUUCAGCCCAGCCCGCCUCCAAAGAGACCUCUGAAUGGAUACUUGAGAUAUUUUAUGCAACAAAAGCCACUCGUAAGCAGAAACAACCCAGAUUAUAAACUGGGGGAUGUCACCAAGAUGAUCGCCCGAGAGUGGAGGGCAAUGGGCACAGAACAGAAGCGGCCUUUUGAGGAAGCCGCUCUGCGGGCCAGGGAGCAGUUUAAGGUGGAAGUAAAGAAGUAUGAAGCCACACUGACUUCAGGGCAGCUUCUGCAACAAACCCUGGAGAAGAAGAGGAGAAUAGCCAAGAGGAAGGCCAUCCGCAAAAAGAGGGAGUUGAACACUCUGGGGAAGCCCAAGGGCACUCGCGCUCCUUUCAACAUUUACUGGGCGGAGCACUUUGAAGAAGCCCAAGGAACCACCAUGCAGGCCAAGAUGAUUUUCCUGUCUGAGGUGUGGAAGAAAAUGACCAGUCAGCAGAAACAGGUCUACUACCAGCUGGCAGAGGACGACCAAAUCCGCUAUAAGAAUGAGAUGAAGGUGUGGGAGCAGCACAUGAUGGAGAUCGGACGACCAGACCUGAUCCGAGCUUCUACCAAGAAAAGACCGGGUGUUAAAACUGCAGCAGCCACGAAAGCAACAAAGAAGGUCACUGCCACAGGGAAGUCAAAAACAACAAAGAAGAAAACAAAAAGCAGCUCCGAGAAAACCGUUCGGACUACCAACAAGAGAUAAGAUGUGUUUAUUUACUGAGGAAAAAAAGAGUUCAUGACAACACUUGAGCUUCUGAUGAUCCAGGGCUGUGCUCUGUCAUAAAGUUCCCCAUUAUCAUGAAUGCUUGUUACUGCACUGUACUGCAUUCAGCUAGAGCAAAAAUAAUUUACCCAUUACUACCAAAUAAAGCCUGAAAGCAGGAUUUAUAGAAGUGAUCUCAUCACACACAUCCUGGCUCUGAUUGGUUGGGUGAACUCAACCAAGUGAUGUAUUGUUCCAGGCUAAGAAAUUUGAUGAAACAUAAUGAUUUCAGUAGGUUUCAUGGCUCUGAGUGUAACCAAAGUGUACCUGGGGGAAAUAUAAAGCCUACUGCUGCAGGCCCAAAAGCAAACACAUUUUUCCAUUUUUUGGUAUUUCAUAAAAAGUAUCAACAUAAGAAGUCAGUGUGGUGUUAUUAUUUGACUUGUCAUUAAAUCAAUGGAAAAUCUGAAACCAAGCCCAGAGUCCGUCCCGAGCCUAUCUAUCCCAACUGAAGGCAUUCACCUUAAACACAACACACAAAUAUGUAUUUCAUUCAUUUCUAAGUUUCUAUUCAAAUGUACAGACAGCACUUCAGCUAAAGAUCACGCAGUACCAUCGUUCUCAUGAAUGCAACAUGACUGAAUUCAUUGUCUCAUCGCAGAUAUUGAUAUAUAACAUAAUGUGAAAUACAGCUCUGUUAUUUUGGUUUAUAAACAGAAAAAGUUCAAAUUAUGCAUUGUUCCAGUCAAGCUUUUUUUGUUCUGUUAACUGCUGCAACCUACACUGUAUGGUUAAUAAAAUUACCCUUUUUAUCCCCAUUGCACCUUCAUCCAAAUGAUUAUGUUUUGGUAGCAUACCAAACCAGUAAUUCCCUCUCCAGAUGUCAGCUACAAAAUACUAUUUUGUUCUGUGUCACACAAAAAAAACUUCCUUUAGGAUUAAAGAGAGUGCACCCUACAACAUAAAUAUAUUUUUCUCUUACCUGUUAUUUGUCCUUUUUAUUUAAAUGUGUCAGUUGCUUUGGUGAAUUGCCGAGUGUUGGAGAAGUCUGCCUUCUCUUGAUCAAAGUAAAAUGCCAUCGUUCCAAUAUAUUUAAGAAAAGGCAGAGAUCUCCAUGGUUAAUAUCUCCAACACUCAUACCAAAACAAUCUAGACUGAAAAAUAGCGUUACAGGUGUGAGAAACGUGUAUUUUUAAUUAAGGAAAUUCAGCUAAGGCCAAUUAAUAGUCCAGAUCCAGAUCAUUUCUGUUUGUAACACACCUGUUAGUUAUGAGGAAUAUACUUCCGGCGUUGACUGUUUGUUUUGCUUUUAGAAUGUAUUUGUGCUACCAUAUUCAGAUAUUAACCGUUUUUCUUUGUAAUGUGUAUUUUCUGAAUAAACAUUUGCAUACGCCUUUCUACAAAAUGACCUUUUAUUGUGCCUAAAUUUGCAUGUGAAGGCCCAAGAACAGGAGGAAACAUUCGCUGUGCUAUGGGAGACUCAAAGUCCCAUUUUUCUGAU